UUAGAUUUUGUCUGAGUCUAUACAUAGCAUAAGUAAAAUUCUCUCUCUUCUAUAACAUUUACAAAGAUCAUCACUCUUGAUCAAAUAUGGAAUUCCUUAGAAUCCCUCUUUUACUCUACAUAUUCUUUCAUUCUUUAUCUUCAACAAUGGCCACUGAUUUGGAAACUUAUAUUGUUCAAGUUGAAUCCCCAGAUAGCCAAAUUUCUACUCGUUCAUCAACAACGGAUUUAGAUAGUUGGUAUCAUUCUUUUUUGCCAACAACCAUAGCCAACUCAAUUGAAGAGACACGAAUGAUUUACGCUUACCACAAUGUGAUUAAAGGGUUUGCAGCUAAAUUAUCAGCUAAAGAAUUCAAGGAAAUGGAGAAAAAAGAAGGAUUCAUUUCAGCGCGACCUCAAAGGGUGUUGUCUUUGGACACUACUCAUUCUCCGAGCUUUCUUGGUUUGCAGCAGAAUUUGGGAUUUUGGAAAGAUUCUAACUAUGGAAAAGGUGUGAUCAUAGGAGUCCUGGAUACUGGUAUUGCUCCUGACCAUCCUUCGUUUAACGAUGAAGGAAUGCCACCUCCCCCUACUAAAUGGAAGGGCAAGUGUGAGUUCAACUUUACUGCUUGUAACAACAAGUUGAUUGGAGCAAGGUCUUUUAGCCUUGGGAAGGGUACAACGUUGGAUGAUGAUGGUCAUGGUACCCAUACUGCAAGCACAGCUGCUGGAAGUUUUGUGAAAAAUGCUAAUGUCUAUGGAAAUGCUAAUGGAACGGCGGUUGGAGUUGCACCUCUUGCCCACCUAGCCAUUUAUAGGGUAUGUACCAGUCUUGGUUGCUCCGAGAGUGAUAUUUUGGCAGCCAUGGAUGUUGCAAUUGAAGAUGGUGUCGACAUCCUUUCCCUCUCUCUUAGUGGAAGUACUAAACCUUUCCAUGAUGAUGCCAUUGCACUGGGGGCAUACAGUGCAAUGGAAAAAGGGAUUUUUGUUAGUUGUUCUGCAGGUAAUAGAGGACCAACUCCUAGGUCUGUGGGAAAUGAAGCCCCAUGGAUUCUCACUGUUGGUGCAAGUACCUUGGACCGGAAUAUUAAGGCUACCGCAGUGCUUGGAAAUAAGGAAGAGUUUCAAGGUGAAUCAGCUUUUCAACCAAAGGAUUUCCCUUCAACCUUGUCGCCUCUUGUUUAUGCUGGUUCGAACCAAAGUGAUAUUAACACUCCAUAUUGCAGCACAACGUCACUAAACAAUACAGAUCUCACGGGCAAGAUUGUUUUGUGUGAAGUUGGUGGUGGGGUGACAAGUGUGGAAAAAGGUCAAGCGGUGAAAGCUGCAGGAGGUGUAGCGAUGAUUCUCAUGAAUCAUAUGCAAGAUGGCUUUACUACAUCAGCUGAUGCCCAUGUACUCCCAGCUACAGAUGUUACCUAUGCAGAUGGACAGAAAAUUCUUUCCUAUAUAAAUUCAACAUCAAAUCCUUUAGCCACCAUUACAUUCCAAGGGACCAUAAUCGGAGACAAAAAUACUCCAGUUAUUGCUUCUUUUUCUUCCCGAGGUCCUAGCAGAGCAACCCCUGGCAUUUUGAAGCCUGAUAUUAUAGGUCCUGGUGUUAAUAUCCUUGCAGCUUGGCCUACCUCCGUGGAGAACAAUACCAAACCAAAACCUACAUUCAACAUUAUAUCUGGUACCUCAAUGUCUUGCCCACACCUCAGUGGAGUAGCAGCAUUGCUCAAAAGUGCACAUCCUAAUUGGUCUCCAUCAAUUAUUAAGUCUGCAAUUAUGACAACUGCGGAUACUGUGAACUUGGGCAACAAGACCAUUCAAGAUGAAAAUCAUAAACCUGCUAACCUUUUUGCCAUUGGUGCAGGUCAUGUCAAUCCAUCAAAAUCGAAUGAUCCAGGACUUGUUUAUGAUAUCCAACCUAAAGACUACGUACCUUAUUUAUGUGGUUUGAACUACACAAAUCGGGAGGUUGGGGUCAUUGUGCAACAAAAGGUCAAUUGUUUAGAGGUAGGAAGUAUUCAAGAGGGACAACUAAAUUAUCCUUCAUUUUCUAUUACCCUCGGGUCAACUCCUCAGACAUACACGAGGACAGUGACAAAUGUUGGCGAGGCUAGCUCAUCUUACACCGUGGAUGUUGUCUCACCACAAGGUGUUGAUGUGAAAGUUGAGCCCUCGGUUCUGAACUUCACUGAACUAAACCAGAAGAUGUCAUACCAAGUGACGUUUACUCAAACCGCCAAUCUCUCACGCAUUGGCAAUGUCGAAGGAUUCUUGAAAUGGAAAUCUACCAAGUACUCCGUUAGGAGCCCAAUUGCAGCUUAUUUGACCCGAGUCUUCUAGAAAAAAAAAUUUGGAAUUAAUCUUGUAUUGUGUCAAUAAAAUUUAAGUUAUU